AUGGAUAUCAUCCGACAACAAGCUUCGCCGGACGAGGUAGCAACUGCGUUCCAUGUCCCAUUAUCCACCUUCCUCGCACCCUCUCGCCUAAGGUCAUCGCUCUUUCGCGGGGAACGGCCGUAUUGGGUCUUGGACGUGACGGAUAUCGUAUCGCAGCAUGUAGAUGUUGAGCCUCCACGGCCAGGCAGGGAUGGCGAGGACGAGGUUGGAGCCGGGGUGGAAGGAAAGAUUGAGAACCUUCUAUUUUGGAUGUCAGAUGUUGAGUGUGGAACAAGGCGACUAGGACAUACGUAUUCGUCCUUCCAACCGGUCUUAUCUGCGCCCCACCACGCUGCAAAGCCUGCCCCGAAGACACUGAAUAGCGAAUUGACCAGGGCCGUGAUCGCCUUCCGUUCUCUGGCCUUGUCAUAUGCGACUUCUUCUGGCUCCUUCGUUGGUACAUACUCCCCAAAGUUGCGUUCAGGCGAUGUCGUCGUUCCCGCCAAGAGUGAGACCAUACUGAGGGUACUGGGCCCGAUAGAUUUGGAGCGCAGCCGUUUGAUUCCUUCGUCCGAGCGCGACCAUGACGAGAUUUCGCGAAGUAGGCGAUGUGCCAGUGCCUCCGGUAAUAACGUCCGUACAGGUUUCAGGACCUCUACCAGAUGUGGCUCCAGUGACACAUUGACUUCGGUGCUUGUCGCUGUCAUGUUGGAUGGUGGUCAGGAGGCAAGGAGCGCUGCGGUUGGUGGACGAGGACAAGGCCCGACGGUGUUGACGUUGUUCGUUGAUGUUGUCAGUGAUGGCCAAGCGUCAAAAUUGGGCGCCGUUGAGCAGGCACAGUGUCCACCGCCUUCGACUCUCUUUAGCUUUCUCAUGGCAGAAUCUCCAGCGACAAACCGCUCUAUCGCAGGCCAAGUACGACGCGCAUGUCUAGGCUUCGAUGUCAAGGACAAAGCAAGAGUCCGUUCUCUGGCUUCUGCGCUCGACUCGAGCGCACAGGAGCUGACCCAGGGAGAAUCAGUAAGGUGGGGUCAUUUUUACGCAGGUCCCCCGACCUGGAUUCAGGAAGAUCAGGCUCUUUGGUCAGACUUGAGAAGAGUGUGGAGAGAGCUCGCCCAUAGCCAGCUGACCUUCUGGGAUAACGACGAUUCCGAAGCGGAAGAAGCGUCAAGCAAUACUAGUGGCUCGAAUGACAAUAACCACCUGCGGUACCUGUGCGCUUCCUUGGCCAAGUUCACGAGGAAUGUCGUCGUCGGCGUGCCAGAAAAUCAGUCUCGUGCCUUUGAAAAUGAGCCAGAGAUACGUCGGCUGUUACACUACUACACCUCCUGGUCUGCCAUGGAGGACCCGGAAUCAACGGCCGUGGCCCGCUUUCUUACCCAGACACUGUCAAAUAUUGUCACCUCCAAUCAAACCCUUGUAUCGUCCCUCUGGGAGACCUACAUGAAUCUACCUGAGGAUCAAGUCGUUUUAAUUCGAUUGCUCGCAGCACACGAUGAUCGUACACUUCUUACAACACUCAUCUUCAUCCUGAACUGCAUCCAUGGCAGCCGGAAGAGAACGAAAAUGUUGGCCAAAACAGCUAUCGGAGCUCGUGUCUGCGUCGCUCUGCUGGAUGGCAUGCUUCGUUUGUACGAGGCCGAGGAGGAAUCCGAGGGUGGAAAGGCCUUCAAUGUUGGCUACGCCAUUUUUACCCGCCUCAUGGAAGAAGGUGCUGUCCCAGAGCUCUACAAGAAGUUCAAUAUGCCAGAUGAAAUCAUUACACCCCAUCAGACAACCCUAUUGAAACUCGUAGAUUCAUAUCUACAAUCAAUACAGCUUGACAUAUCGACCUCGCCCGCAGGGGAAAUCCUGCAGACACAUGUCGCUCUUGGCCCCUUCCUCGCGAAGCGCUUCUUCACCCUUUCCAACUAUGCUCAGAAGGCAAUGCAACGGUCAUUGGAAAGCUCUAAAUCCAAGAAGCCUUCUGCUCCUUCCGGAAAGUCUCAUAGCAAGGACGAUGAAGCCGCUGGAUCAAGUUCUUCCUCAGCCACUGCAGAGCCCCUUUCGGAGCUCGACGUCAUGUUGCCCAAAGUCUGUGAAGCGCUCGUACUGGUUACGCAAUGUAUCACGACCAUUUCUCUUGAAGCUGAAGAACAUAAAGGGCGCCAAUUCGAAUCUGGAGCUGUGGGGAAUAUUUCGAAUAUGAAGGAGUUUUUCAUCGACGUACGGUUCUCUGGGCAAGGGUUGAUCGAGAACUUAAUCGGUACGGUGUUCAUUUCAGCCCUCUUUCUUCGCGCUUCCGAAGAGUCGCUGAUCGUCAUAUUGAAUUCAUUAGAAACGCUCAGACUGCUCGAUUUGUUCCUGCCACGGAUAUACUUUGGAAAGCCGGUACCAUCACCCAACGCCCCCGGUGGGACAAUCAAUCCUGCGGCGCAGGAUAGCAACGGAUUUUCAUACGUGAAAAGGGAUCUGGUUCGUCUGCUUGGAGUAUUGGCACACGAAUCCCGAGCUGUCCAGGAUCGGACGCGCAAUGCCAACGGUUUACCUGUGGUCAUGAACCUGUGCGUUAUUGAUGAACGCAACCCAUGUAAGUGGACCCCAUCUGGCGCAAGGGUCCGUAAUUAA